UCCAGAGGAGAGGAGGUGCUGACCUUUGGAAAUCUUUCCGGCAGCAUUUAGUAUGUACGAGAUGAUAACGGAAACUGAGAAAAUGAACUCGGACUUGAACGGAACCAACGUGAAGACAGAAAACAUGGACAUCAAGGAAGAGGUGAAGGAAGAGCCAAAGAACCAACCAGCAUCUGUAAAUGAGCCAAAUAAUCACCCUAACAACCACUCAGGGCCCCCUAGCAACAAAUUAACUAAUGGAGAAACAGAUAACAAUAACCAGUUACAAGACAACCACACGAAGAAAACCUCAGACCUAACAGCAGUGAAAGAGGAGACAAAUGGUGAAGCAACAGCAAGUGAAGCUCAUUCAAAGCCACUCCCACCCACAAAGGGUCAGUCUCAGCAGUCAGUCCCACCCAAAACUUCUCAACCCCCUACAAAUCCUCAGAUGCCCCAGCAGCAGCCCCCGGCAUCUCAGCCUGUGAACUCUAAUGUGCCACCAAUGCCUCCACAGUCCCAGCAUUCUGGCCAGCCAGUAGGGAUGGGGGAUAACCCUUUUAUUCAGCAUCAGAGUCAAAUCUUUGUGUUUUCAACACAACUAGCCAACGAAGGUGCAGACCAUGUGAUAUCAGGACAGUACAAGGACCUGCUGUCCUUCCAUAUGGACUAUCCUGCCACCAAGAAGUUUCUUCAGAAACAUUCAUUAAAAAUAUCUCCCUUCAACCGGUCUGGUGUGAUGCCAGGGAUGGGUCCUCGACAUCGAGACAUGACCCCCAUUAGACGAUAUGGCAAUGUGAUGCGCCCUGGCCCACCUCAUCCAACUGGCAGUGUCCAGCAGUGGGUGGACCAACAGAAUGCCCACUUACAGGAGCAGGGUUAUAACUUUGUACCUGGCAUGAAUCCAAGGGCAGGCAACUUUCCUCCAUCUGGAAAUCCUGGCAAUCCUGGAAUGAUGGGACCAUGGCCACAGGGUGGUGGACCUCCACAGUCAUCAUCUCCAAUGAAUUAUCCUGUGAUGCCAGAUGGUAUGCCCUUUGACCCAGAAAUGAUGGCUAUGAUGGGAAAUCCACACCUUAACAAUCCAAAUCUGUUGCAGCAGAAAGUACCGAAUGAAAACUUAACACCUGAACAAUUAAAACGAAGAGAGGAGCAUUUAACAAGUUUACGUAAAAUACAGAUGAUGUUAUUCCCUGAACAGCAAAGACAGCAACAGUUUGGUGGACCCAUGCCAAAUUCAGGUCCAGGAGGUGAAAUGAUGCCCGAAGAAAUGCAUCAGCAGAUGAUGCAACAACAGCAGGGCAUGAUGUCAUCACCACACGGUCCCAUGAUGACGUCACAAGAACAGAUGAUGAUGGGAUCACAAAACAAUGGUGGAAUGACCAGCUCACAACAACAGUUCAUGAUGUCCCAGGGUGGCCCAGGUCAGUUUGGGGGUCAGGGCCCUGGUCCAGGGUCUGGGCCAGGGGGGUCAGGUCCAGGCUCAGGUCCUGGAGGACCAGGGCCCCCAGGGCAUCCUGGCUUCGGUCCACACAACAUGCAGAACAUGACACCCGCUCAACGUGAAUGGUUAAGACUGCAACAAGAAUAUUACAUGGAAAAACGACGACACCAACAGCAACAAAUUGCUCAAAGAAUGGGAGGUCAGCCUCCCAACAUGGAGAUGCCAGGGGCUAGUCCAGGCGCACCACCCUCCUACUACAGCACUAUGGCUCAAAAGAGAGGAGGGAGUGGUGGAAUGUCUACCUCACCAAAUACAAAUGGCCCUAUAGGAUCUCCACCACUCAUGCCCCCUCAUGGCAUGGACAUGCCUGACCAUAUGGGCCUGUUUCCACCAUCUGCUGCUCAACGAAGGUCAUCCCUUUCCUCGAUGGAACAACAGUCACAGAUGGGGAUGAUGAGCCCUAUUAUGAGUCCAAGUAUGCCCCCAGGGCCAGGUAUGAACUUUGAUAAGGCAAUGAUGCCACAUGGCCCUGGUGGACCUGGGGGGCCAGCUGGUGUGGAAGGGGGCAGUGGGGCUCCACCUCACAUGCACCCAGGUCAGCCAGGUGGAGGACCAAUACAAAACAAGAAAAGCAUGCAGGGUGGACCAAGGGCAGGUCACCCUGAACAGUUCAUGCAACGUGCUGGAAACCCUGAACAUUUUGUGCAAAGGGCUGGACACCCAGAACAAUUCAUGCAACGUGCUGGAAACCCUGAACAAUUUGUGCAAAGGGCUGGCAACCCUGAACAGUUUCAUCCUGAAAUCGCGGCUCGUUCUCCUUCACGAACUUUAAGUGGCUCAAGCAAGCCACCCCCUAGCUAUGCACAGGCACAAAAAAGAAAGCGUGAUGACAUGGAAGAAUUGUACAAAAAUCUUCAACCUACACCUUCUCCUCAGCAAAUUAAUUACCUCAAUCAAUUUGAAGGACAAGAAUUGACUAUAACCAAACAUCUUAAUGCAGCAUAUCGUGAACCUAAUAAUCCCUCAGACCAGUCCCAUCCGAACGCCCCAUUUCCCUCAAAUCAGGUCGCUCAUUCACCCAUGCAUGGUCCAAGCUCCAACAAGGGGCCCAUGUCCAAUUCCAGCCAGAACUCCAGUGGGGGCCCAUUAUCCAGUCCAGGGCCAGUCAAUGGUCCCGGACCUAGCCCCAAUAUGUCCGGUGCAAACAUGAGACUUUCACAUUUUGAUCCACCAUCGAAUAACAACAGUGUGUCAAGUGCACCAGCAACACCCACAUCUAAGGCAUCAUCAAUGUCCAACAUCACAUCUGCUAGUCUGGCCAACCUGGCUAAGGGAGUAGAACAUUUGUCAAACCAAAUGCAGCAAAAUAUGAUGCAAGGAGGACCUUUUCACAGUAUUCAAAUGCAGGGUCAACAGGUGGGAUGUAGUGCGUCAUCACAGUCCACAAGUAAUCAGCCCUCUGUGUCCACCACUUCAGAGAUGAGCUCCCAGACACAGACCACUCCUAGUGUCAAUAAUACUUAUGUGAAUGCCACCAUGUCUAUACAACAAUUAAAUAUUCAGAGUGUGGGGCCACAUUCUGGACCUAACUAUAAUCCAAACAUGCAAGUGCAGCAAAUGAAUAUGGAACAACAACAAAUGCAGGGUAUGCCUGGCCCACCCAAUGGACCAGGCCCUAAUUCAAGUGGUAUGUCUAAUAGUAUGCCAAGUGGGAAUCCUGGUGGCAUGCCCACUGGUAAUCCUGCUGGCAUGCCCACUGGCAAUCCUGGUGGCAUACCCACUGGCAAUCCAAGUGGCAUGCCCAGUGGAAACCCGGGUGGUAUGCCUAGUGGAAACCAUCCAGGCAUGCCCAGUGGUAACCAUGGUAGCAUGCCAAGUGGUAACCCUGGUAACAUGCCUGGUGGUAACCCUGGUAAUAUACCUGGAGGUCCACAAGGCCCUGGAAUGGCAUCGGCAGCUUCUGUAUCCAUGUCACAGACACAAUCAAUGAUGACAGGGAACAGCUCUCACUCAGGCAUGGGCAAGGCACCACAGCCUUUCUCUGGGGGUCCUCCUUCAUCUCAAAUGAGUGGCGGCCCUGCUAGUGUUCAUUCAGGACCCAUCAGUGGCCCUGGUGCCCCGCCACAUGGAGGGACCAGUGGUCGCCCACAUAGAGCAGGGUCAGGAGGGCCUGCUCCAGGAGCUUCUAUGAUGCAGCAACAACAACCGUCUCAGCAACAGUCACAUCCAGGUGCAAGACCAACCUCGCCUAGUUUUGCAAAUGCGCCAUGUUCUAUGGGAAAUGCCAAUGUACAAAUACAAGCUAAAGCACCUAAUACCAUACAGUAUCUUCCUGCUCAUCCACCAUCAACACAGCAAAGUAUGCAAUCACAGAAACGACCAGAUCUUGAGUUCAUGCAGCGGUUCGCAGCUCCAAUGAGCAAUAUGGAUAAUAAAGUUCCCACAUCAAAAAUGCAAUAUUUUCCACAACCCCCAGGAAUCUCUGGAGAGAGACAUUCACAUUCACCAUUUGGUAACCAUGGGGGACCCAUGGGUCCAGGGGGAAUGCCACAGGGUAUGAUGCCAAUGAGGGGAGGCAGCCGAGGGGAAUUUCCUCCAAAUAUGAGUGGUGGACAAAUGGGACCUAUGAGUGGAAUGGGAAGUCCAGAUCCCAUGGGAGGCCCCAUGAAUAAUUCUAUGGGGCCCAUGGGAAAUAGUAAUGUGUUACCGGGCAAUAUGCCAUCGGAGCCUCAAAUGAUGCCCGGUGGUAUGGGCAUGAGUGGUGAAGGCAUGAUGCCUAUGGAUGGAAUGCCACAUUCUAUGGGCAUGCCACACCCAAAUUCCCCGCCAUUCAUGGAAAGUCGUGAGUCAAUGAUGAGCAAUAGUAUGAUGCAAGGACCUUCACACAUGUCCCAACGUGGCCACGGACCUAUGAUGGGCAUGGGACCUGGCGCUGGGGAGAUGAUGCCAGGGGGACCAGGAUCACGAAUGCCAGAAAUGGGCAAUUAUGGACCCAAUAUGCCAAGACAACCAAAUCCAGGUGGCAUGAGAAUGCCUGGUGGCCCAGGAAAUCCAAAUAUGCCCUCUCAUCACGGACUAGGUCCAGGCCCUGGGAUGAGUGGGGGCAUGGACCCCAGGACAGGGCCAUGUAACCCUGCCUAUAGUGCACAAUAUCAACAGUUUCAGCAACAGUUAUAUUCUCAAGGUCGGCCUCGCCAGAUGUCACCGAUGGGGGGGAUGAUGCCUGGGGGGCCGGGCCAACAGUACAUGAAUAUGUGAGGAGCAAGGCUCCUUUGUUACAGGCAAAUCUGUUCAUCUGAAGCAUUGUGAUAAUUCAUCAACAUAAAACUCAUAAGUGUUUACAUUUUAUUUUAUUGCAUCGGAACAAAAUUUAUUGUUUCAUAUGUGUGUGUAGUAGAAUGGAACGAUAGUGAUUAUUUGUUUUUGUAAGAACUGCCCUUCCCUGUUUCUGUCACAGACUAGAGGCCUAGAUAGACAUGUUAUAGGGCUCACUGUUGGUACUAAGGGGUACUAAAAACAUAUCACAUGUGUGAUGGUGAAUUCUGAUUUUGCAAUAACAGACAUUUUAACAAUUUGUUGAAAUCUUUCUGCAGUGUAUGAUCAAAGUGAAGGCCAUUACAUAAACAAUCAAAGGUUGAAAUUACAAACUUAUAUUGUGAAACACUGCAAGAGAUAUCUUUGAUAAUUGAUAUAUAGAUUUAGUGAAUAUAUGGCUCUUUCUUCCAAAGAGAAUAGACCACUGUUGAUAACCUGUUUUUACAGAGAUGUGAAUUUAGCCAUUAAGGGCUUUCUUAUUUAAAAGAAAUAUUUCUUUUUAAAGAUCCUCACAUUGGUGGUUUAAUACCCUCUAUAACUUACGUUUUAUCAUAACAAAACCUUUACUGUAGUAAAAUGCUUAUGAGAUAUACAUAAAACCAAAGUUUUUUCUUCCUUAUAUUAAAAGUGCAUAUGAUCCACACACAGGUAUUUUAUAUGUACAUGUGGCUUUACAUUUUGUUUAUAGAUUUUGUGUGAAUCAUAUUUUGUUGUCAUUAUCAAUAUGCUAGUUUUUUUUUAAGUUUUAUUCUUGUAAGUUCUGUGGAUGUUUUAAGUCCAUCUCUUUAAGGGAAAAUGCACAAAGCUUUUAUUUCAAAUAAUUUUUUUCUGAAAUAAAUUAGAAAACAGAAAAACAGUUAAAACUUCAAGAAAGUAGUUUCUACAUGCAAGAGUGCAAUAGAGUCUGGAGUGAUCAGCUUUAUUUUAGUCUUUUUCUUUCAUUCUUCAACUGUUUCAAAAUGUGCUUUCUGACUCCAUGUUAUAAUCAAAGGGAACGCUCCCACAAAAAGACCUGAUAAAGAUAUUGUUAUUUUGAAACUAGGAUAUAUCACAUAGUGGAAGGGGAGUAACUCUCUUUGUUAAAGUGAACAGAAUCCUACCCACAUGUUUGACAAUGUCAUCUUUCAAUACAGUAUUACAGAUCAAAUCACCCAAACCAUUGGUAUUAUGGUUCAAUGUGAGAUUCAUUAUAGAGGUUGUAGUUAUUUUGGAAAUAUUAAAUGAGUUUUGAGUGGUCUGUAAAUUAUAAUUCCCAACUUUUAGGAAUUAUCUUCUGUGAGGUUGCAAGUAUUUAAAUUUUAGCCUCCAAAAAGUAGUUAUACAUUUAUACAAGUGAAUACAUUCAAACAUCAAUUUUUAACUAUUUUCAUGGCAAACUAAAUCGAAUUUUGACAUAAAUUUUCCUCCAAAAUGGGACCAUUGACAAAUACAGCAAUUAAUGAUAGCUUGUAUCUCUUCUCAGACAUGAUUUGAUCCCAAGAUGAAUAUUUCAAUAUUGUUUUGGAAAUCUAUCAUUUAAAAGUCAUAAUUUCAUUUUAAAGAGUAAAGGAACCUAACACCCAACCUACCUAGCAUGAACUGUGUUGGCUAUACUCGGACAAUCCUUCUAAAUUUCAUUCGCUGUACUGAAUCUAGUGUGGAGAAAUAUAAUGGAUAUAGUACAACUUUAAAUCUUCUAGAUACAUGAAUUAUUGUAUAGUAGCUGACUUCAACAUUUUAAAAACUUUGCACAAUUAACAAAAUUGAUGUAAGGAUAUAAGUUGUGCAAUAUGAGGAUGUGUAUAAAAGGGUAAAGAAUUCAAAAUUAUUAGAACAUUGACACUUAUUCUGCUAUCCUAUCAUUUCGUCUUAACAUAGAUUCUGCUGCUGUAAAAGCAGUAAAUAUAAAACACAAUUCUGAUUCACUUAUACAUAGAAUGACAUGUUUGAUAUGACACAAGCUUAAAGAUAUCAGUAUUAAUUAAUUGAUACAAUGUAAUGUAAUUGACACAGUGUGAUUAUUAGGUAAAAUACAGUAAAAUCUAAUUGACAGUGUGAUUAUUAGGUAAAAUACAGUAAAAAAUAUUGACAGAAUAUGAUUAUUAGGUUAAAUACAGUAAAAUCUAAUAGACACAGUGUGAUUAUUUGGUGAAAUACAGUAAUAUCUAAUUGACAGUGUGAUUAUUAGGUAAAAUACAGUAAUAUCCAAUUGACAGUGUGAUUAUUUGGUGAAAUACAGUAAAAAAUAUUGCCACAGUGUGAUUAUUAGGUUAAAUACAGUAAAAUCUAAUUGACACAGUGUGAUUAUUUGGUGAAAUACAGUAAAAAAUAUUGCCACAGUGUGAUUAUUAGGUUAAAUACAGUAAAAUCUAAUUGACACAGUGUGAUUAUUUAGUGAAAUACAGUAUAAUCUAAUUGACACAGUGUGAUUAUUUAGUGAAAUACAGUAAAAUCUAAUUGACACAGUGUGAUUAUUAGGUAAAAUACAGUAAUAUCUAAUUGACACAGUGUGAUUAUUUGGUAAAAUACAGUAAUAUCUAAUUGACACAGUGUGA